AUGACGUCACUCGUGUUGUUGAACUUGUCGGCGCUCAACGUUCAGGGCCGAUCCUUGUCGCCGAGAUAAUAAUCCUUGUUUUCUGAGUGCGUGGCUUCCUGGCGUGUGUGUGGAGGCGUGUGGCAGUGUGUGCGUGGCUGUCACUCCGCGGAAAGCAAGAUCAUGGCACCCCCUAGACUGUCUCGGUACGCCUGGUGGCCCUUGCGAGCGGUGGAUGUGGUCAGCGAGGCCCUCACAGCCCCCCUUGUUCACAGCCUGUCCCACGCAGCCGCCUUCUACAUACUUACCACGCACGAUGAUGUCUCCACGCCUGUCUUGUUUUUCAGGUACGCAGUUGUUGGUCCAAUCCUCUUCAUCCUCGCUCUCCUCGCCCUCCUCCCUGGGCUCGUCGGAUGGGUCAUGUGGGCUGCGCUGAACACCUGGGCAUCCCACCUCAUCCAGCCAUUCACCUACCAUGCACCUGGUCACCCACACAGUCAUCCAGGCGGUCGAGUCACCAUUUCAUCCGCCAAUGUUCUGCUGUGUCCGGAGGCAGUGGCCAGAUUCAACAAUUGCCCCAACACGUCCUGGCGGCUGAAGGAGGUCUCCCGGCGGAUGUUACGUCAGGACAAGGGCCUCAACCAACACCCUAACCUGAAGCCACCUGUGAAGAGGGAGAAUGUGUUGGUUAAUCAGUUCCCCGAGGUCGACAUCUUCAUGCUCCAAGAGGUGCUGGAGCGGUGGGCGGGCCGGGCAAUGGUGAAGGCCCUGCAGGACACAUACCCUUACUGUGUGUAUGAUGUUGGCAUCCACUCCAGGCACACCAACCUCUUCAUGUGUGGCAGCGGUCUCUUCCUGGCGUCCAAGUUCCCUGUGCUGGACUGUACCUUCCACCCCUAUACGUACCAUUCCCACUAUGGCACACUGGUGGGCCUGGGGGUGCUGCUGGCAAAGCUUGACCUGGGCAUGGUGGUGAGGGGGGGGAAGGAGGUGCGGGCGGUGGGUUAUGUCGCCAAUACACACACACAGGCCUACCAGGGGGGCAAGAACAUAGUGAGUCAGCAGCUUACAGAGGCCGCUUCCGUGUACGAGAAAUUCGUACACGAGACUCACGACACGCACACGGAGACGCUCAUGUUCGCCGUCCUCGGAGGAGACUUCAAUGUGGAUAAUAUGUCCGAGGGUGACCGCGACAGCCAGCACCUGCCACUGUGGGAUGAGUUUAUUGACCCGUGCCGCGCCGGUGCUGGGCGUGACAGGACCUGGUCGCUGGGCACUGAGCACAGGCAGAAGAUGCUGAGCCACCCUGCACUGACCCACCCGUCCACCUUCAGAACUGUGCUGCUGGACGAUGUGCUGAGACGACACUUUAUUCUGGACGCGGACGUGAAGGUCCACACACUAGAGCUAAUGCGGGUCAAGCCUCAGCCAGACAGUGACGGGGAGGUGCGAGCGAGGCCGGAGGGAGGAAGAAGAAGAAUUGAUCGCCUGCUGGUGAGGAAAGGCGGACCAAUGCAGCCGGCGAGCUACUGGUUCACCUCUGCCAUCGCCGGGCUGAGUGACCAUCUGCCUGUGGUCAUGAUGUUGCAGGAGGAGGAGGAGGAGGAGAAGGAGAUGAAGGAGGAGGUGGAGGAGGUGGUGGUAGAGGAAGAAGUGAAAAUGGAGAGCAAUGAGGAAAACGUCGAAAGCAAAAAGUAUGUGUAGAUGGAAUUAGAUUAAGAGAAGAAGGAAGAGGAGGAGGAAGAAGAAGAAGAUUAAGAAAGAGAAUAAGAAGAGGAAGGACGAGGUAGAAGAGAGCAAAAAUUGUAUAUGAAAGAAAAGAAAGAGGAAGAGAGAAGAUUGAGAAAGAAGAAAAGUAGAAGGAGGAGGAGAAGAGGAGGAUUGAAAAGUAAGAGGGGAAGAAGAGAAGGAGGAGGAGGAGGAGGAGGAGGAAGAAGAAGAAAUGAAAGAAAAGUAGAAAGCAAAAAGUAUGUGUAGAUGGAAUUAGAUUAGGAAAAGACAAUGGAGGAGGAGGAGGAGGAGGAAGAAGAGAAGAAGAGGGGAAGAAGAGAAGGAGGAAGAGUAGGAGGAAGAAGUGAAAGAAAAGUAGAAAGCAAAAAGUAUGUGUAGAUGGAAUUAGAUUAAGAAAAGACAAUGGAGGAGGAGGAGGAGGAGGAGGAGGAG